GUUCACCUGCCCGGAUUCGGCAAGUUCGCUCCUCCAGUUUUCGCGUUUCAUCCCUUUUCAUUCUCCCUACCCUCUACCUCGCACACAGCUCUGUGGCCAUGGCUUCUGAGAUUGUCGUUCAGCUGACGCCCUACCCGGCCUCCUUCAUCGUCGAGCACGCCAAGCGCAAGCGCUUCGCCGCCGGCUACAUCAUCGGCACCCGAACUGCCGAAGAAAUCGUCAUCACCGACUUCAUCCCGCUGACCCACAAGGACACGGAGGUUCCGAACACGCGGGCGUACCGCGAGGAGCUGCACCGCCGCCGUGCCGCCAAGCGCCGCUUCACCAAGCAGGAUCCGAUAGGUUGGUAUACCGCCGGUCAGGCGGACGAGCAGCUCUCGCCCGAGGACUACCAGCGCUGGUGCAAUGCGCCGUCUAUCAUCUUUCAGAACCGAAACUGCCUGCAUCUGCACUGCGAGAUGCCGUACGACGAAGCAGCGGUGCCGGAGAUUCUGUGGACCGCCUCCAUCAUCUCCGAGGACCCGGAGGACCACACCCUCAAGUACUCGAACCACAAAGUGGUCGUCGCUCCGUUGAAUAGCCUCUCGUCGGACGUCAUGAUCAACCACAUUACGUCCAUCGCUCUCUACAACGGCGGCCACCCCUACCCUCGUAGCAAGCUGCUGAACAUCGACGAGGUCGCCUACCUGGCCAGCCUCGACAACAAAACCUCCACCGACGCCGUCAACGACGAACAAAGGAAGCUGCAAAAGGCGGUGACCGCCGCGGAGCAAAUCGUCACCGGCGGCAGCGGCGGCUCGCGGGAGGCGCAGGAGAUGAUAGCAGCCGUCGAGAGCUUCCGUGCGAUCCGCGAGGAGGCGCUGCAGCGCCAGCGGGACCAGACUGGUCGUGUUGACUUCAACUCGCAGCAGUUCAAGGACGCGCUGACGAUCAAGUGUGCGGCGACGAUACUGCGCAAGGAGCUGACGACGAUCGAGAUGCUGUCCACCAUGUACGCCGAGGACAAGGAGCGGCGUCCGAACGGCGAGGGUGGUGAGGAGGGCGCUGCGAAGGACUCGCAGCAGCAGCAGCAGCAGCAGCAGCAACAGGCCGCCGCUCCGCAGAAGCAGUAA